UAGAUAUUACCGGAAGUUGUGAAAGUCUCCCUUUAUAAAACAUGUGUAAACCCUGUUCCGGCCUUUUUCUAGAGACGGCCAAAAGAAGCAAAUAUGCCUCUCGCUAAAGAUUUACUUCACCCCUCUUUGGAAGAGGAAAAGAGAACCUGCAAAUUAAAGAGAUUGGUACAGAGUCCUAACAGCUACUUCAUGGAUGUUAAAUGUCCAGGUUGUUACAAGAUCACCACAGUAUUCAGUCAUGCCCAGACGGUGGUUUUAUGUGUGGGAUGUUCCACAGUACUGUGUCAACCCACAGGAGGAAAGGCCCGACUCACAGAGGGUUGUUCCUUCCGUAAGAAGUCGCACUAGAUUGACCUUAUUUAUAUUGGCUGUGUGAAUGAGAGGCUGAGGAGGAGGAGGGGGUUGGCAUGGUAACUGCCACCUAAUUUGGAUUUUGUGAUACUCUCUAGUAACCUGGACAACUUGGACUUUGUGUAUAAUUUAUUUCUCAUCAACAAACCUGGGUCGUACAUUAUCAUUCAAUUAAUCUGACACAAUUCUUUGUAAACCUCCCAGGAUGUUUACUACUACUUGUACACUCUUUUGUGAUACGUGCUUUGUAGAGUGCUGAACUAUUGUUUUUUUUUUUGACAAAACCACUUUGAUUAAUAAAGUUUAGGGUAUCACAAACUCCA